AGGCACCAAACAACACGGGAACGGGAUUAAGGAGCAGGGCCGAGGGAGUGCAGAGCCCGGAUCGCCCCCUGCGGUUCCAGGUGACCAGGAGAGGGGGGUUACAUUGAAGGGUGGAAGAGGCUCCAGACGGUGUGCCGAGGCGCUCUGUCGCCAGCCAGCAUUUGCUUGGAAGCUCCCCUCUUCAAGUUGUCAGCAUACAGCGAUAUUACCUUAGGAGGCUGGGCCGCUUGCUCUUGUUGUUGUGCCGGGGAUAGGGACUGAGAACGGACCAUGGCGUUGCCUCUGGUGCUGGUUUGGACAGCGCUGUGUACCAUGCUGGGAAGCGGACUAGGAGCGGUGGAUAGCGAGCACUCCACGGAUGGGGAGUGCAAAGUGAAAACGGUCAGCGUGUCGGCGCUGCCGUUUCUCCGGGAGAACGACCUGAGCAUUCACACCUCGCUGUCGGCCGAGCCCAAACUCCUGUUCUCGGUCAGGAACGAUUUCCCCGGAGAGGUGGUGGUUGUAGACGAUUUGGAGAACACGGAGCUUCCUUAUUUCGUCUUGGAAAUAUCUGGCUACACCGAAGAGAUUCCAUACGUUCGCUGGAGGCAACAAUGGCUGGAAAAUGGAACCUUGCUUUUCCACGUCCACCAUCAGAAUAUCGCUCAUCGUUUGCCAGGCCUGAUCCCAACCAUCUACUCCGAGUCGGACUCGGCUGAGGACGAACUCCGGAUCCUUCACAUUUCUGUGAUGGGGGGUAUGAUCGCUCUGCUGUUGGCCAUCCUCUUCCUUGUGAUGGUGCUCUACACCAGGAGGCGGUGGUGCAAGCGUCGCCGCGUCCCACAGCCCCAGAAGAGCGCCAGCGCCGAGGCGGCAAACGAAAUCCACUACAUCCCAUCCGUACUGAUGGCCGGCCAGAACCGGGAGAGCCUGCGCAACUCCCGGCUACAGGGACACAACUCUAGCGGCUCCAUCAGCAUCCGUGAGACCCCGAUCCUGGACGGAUACGAGUACGACAUCGACGACCUCCGCCAGCAGCUGCAGAGGGAGUGCAUGAACGGCGGUGAGGACUUCGGCAGCCAGGUGACCCGCACCUUGGAUUCCCUGCAAGGGUGCGAUGAGAAAACCUGCUUGGAUCUGACUCCAGGAAGUGAUACCACCAAGUUGUCGCUCAUGAAUAAGUACAAAGAGAACUUCCUCGCCACCAGCCCUGUGGACAUCAGCCACCAACAGACAGCUCUCCUCCCACGCAGCACCUCCGGUGGACAGAGGAAGCGUUUCACAAAUAAAUCCAGAGCUGGAUCGGCCUUUUUGAACCCUGAAGGUGAUUCGGGAACCGAAGCAGAUAAUGAACCUCAGCUGACCUUUUACACAGACCCUUCCCGCAGCAGACGUCGGAGCAGAGGAUCUCCGCGAAGCCCCAUCAAUAAAACCACCCUAACACUGAUAAGCGUGAUAGGAUGUGCAAUUGGGUUGGUUUAUGGCUCCCAUCUGACCUGUCCCCUGUCUGUGAAAGUUGUUCUUCAUGUGCCCGAGCACCUUAUUGCUGAUGGCAGCAGAUUUGUCUUGCUUUACGGAAGCCAACUCAUUGCUCGUGACUGGCUGAAUCCGGCCCAGGUAUUACUGUACCACCAGCAGAAUAGCAGUGGACCGUGGAUCAUGGAGUUAUGUGGAUGCCGUCUGAUCGACCCUUGUGAACACGAGUGCGACAUAGACACAGGUGAAUGUGAAUGCCAAGAGGGGUACACACGAGAUCCUGUCCACAAACACCUUUGCAUCAGAAAUGACUGGGGAACAAAUCAAGGACCCUGGCCAUACACCAUGUUUCAACGUGGCUUUGAUCUCGUGAUGGGGGAGCAGCCAUCUGACAGGAUAUUCAGGUUUACCUACACGCUGGGAGAAGGAAUGUGGCUGCCACUGAGUAAAAGCUUUGUCAUUCCCCCAGCUGAGCUAGCAAUCAACCCAUCAGCUAAAUGCAAAACAGACAUGACUGUGAUGGAGGAUGCUGUUGAGGUCAGGGAAGAAGCGAUGAUCUCCACUUCCUUUAAUAGCCUUGAGGUACUUCUUGACUCUUUUGGCCCCGUGAGAGAUUGCACAAAGGAUAAUGGUGGCUGCAGCAGAAACUUCUGCUGUAUCUCGGAUCGCAAGCUUGAUUCAAGUGGUUGUGUGUGCCCUCUGGGACUCAGCCCAAUGAAGGAUGGCUCCGGCUGUUACGACAGGCAUAUUGGCAUUGACUGCUCAGAUGGAAUGAAUGGAGGUUGUGAGCAACUCUGCCUACAACAGACCGUGCCUCUUCCAGAUAACCCCUCACUCUACAACAUUGUGAUGUUCUGUGGUUGCAUUGAAGAAUACAAACUGACUUCAGAUGGACGGAUGUGCCAACUUGUUUCUGAAUCCUGCACCGGUGGCUCAGACUGUGCUGAGGCCAACAUUUCUCUGAAUCAGACUUUGUUCAGGGACAUCUUCUAUGGAUACAAUAACCAGACUAAAGACCUUGCACUUGGCCAAGUGUUCAUUGCAACAUUCAGACAGAAGAAUUUUGUGACCGGCAUCCAGCAGCAGCUGCCCGAUGGAAUGGUUGUCUCGGCUCUGCCCAGUGAGAACCAGUGCCAGGAACUAUUAUCCGACCCCAUCCCAGAUCCGGACUACCUCACAGGAAUGGUGAACUUCAGCGAAGUGGCGGGAUAUCCCAUGGUGCAGCACUGGAAGCUGAAGUCAACGCAAUACCAUGUGAAGCUCAACCAGCGGGCACUCUCUACAGUAUUCAGUCAUGCCAUCCAUUCAUUGGAUGGAGCCACUUUGAGGAAUGACUUUGCUUCUGUGCUGGAGGAAUUUGGCAAUCACUACAUUCAAGAGGCGCUCUACGGAUUUGAGGAGACUUGUACCAUUUGGUUUCCAAAUCGGUCAGUUCAGAAGCAAUUAUGGAUGGAGUACCAAGAUAUCAGCAAAGCCAAUUCUCCAUCUGACGAAUCUGAGGAACAUGAAAAGGAUCCCAAAUCAUUAACUUUUCCAGCCUACGUUGGAAGCCUUCUUGACUCUGGCGAUGAGCUCAUGGCAUCUGGAGUGAGGAUGUACUGUGACAACAGGGGAGGUUGCCCAUCCUCCUGUCACCUGUGCCACCCAAAAGGGGGCCAAAACAGGCAAGAAGAACCUGUGUUGCUGGAAGUCACCAAGGCAGCUCCACUGUCUGAACUGCUCAGCGAAAAUGAAACGCAAAAAGCAAUCUAUGAAGCAAUGUUGAGUCUACUCUGGUGUUCGGGAGGUGGUGAUGUCAUUGAUGACUGGUGCAGAUGUGAUUCUACAACCUUCAGUGUUGACGGACUCCCGAACUGUGCUCCACUGCCUCAGCCGAUUCUGAGGCUGUCACCUGCACAUGAGCCAAGCAGCUCGCUGGUGGUUUUGGAGUGGGACCAUACCGAGCCUGCCAUUGGGGUGAAGAUUGUAGAUUACCUGAUCAGUUUGGAAAGGGUCACCAUCACAGAUCGAGCAGAGAUGUCCAAGGUUGAGACAGAAUCGGUAUUGAGUUUUGUCGAUGACAUUGCCUCUGGAUCCAAGACCCCUUGUGUGAUGUUGGGGAAAGUUCCCGACACAGUGUCAAGUUCCAUAUCAUUAAUAAUCAGAUGCCUUGAGCCGGAUACUACAUACAUGUUUACCUUGUGGACCGUAGACAACACUGGGAGGCGCUCCAGGCCAAGUGCAGUUGCUGUCAAAGUGCCCUGUCCGCUCGUGGAUGAUGUCAAGGCUAAAGAAAUUGCUGACAAAAUCUAUAACUUGUUCAAUGGCUACACAAGUGGAAAGGAACAGCAAACUGCAUACAAUACGCUAAUGGAUCUGGGCUCCUCUACACUACACCGUGUCUAUUAUCACUACAACCAGGACUAUGAGCACUUUGGAGAAUUUACUUGGCGCUGUGAAGAUGAAUUGGGACCAAGGAAGGCUGGUCUGAUCCUGUCCAAAUUGGAAGAGUUGAGCAACUGGUGCAGAAGCCUCCUGUGGGAGCCCAAGAUCACCCUUCGCCGUCUCUCCUUGAAGUAUCUCUCCUGCCGCUACAGCGAAAUGAAGCCCCCGGGAAUUAACUGGCAGGAGCUGAACACAGAAGUCAAAAAGAUCUGUGAGGAACAGUUCCUGACAGUGCUGUACAAUGACUAUGGAGAACAUAAAGAGUUCUGACAGAGGAAUGUGUUUUGUGGCCAUUCCCUACCCCUCCCAUCUUCUCCCCCCCGCACCCCCCUCCCCUCCUUCGCCAGCAGGUCACACAACCUUCUGGGUUGAAUGUUGCUUGGCUGCCUGCAGUUGUUUUGUGGAGAUUGUUAAACCCCAUGCUAACUCUGGUAUGGCUAUAAAACAAUGAAGCUGUUUGGGUAAUGUCAGCCAAACAUGUGGAUCACUUGAUUUUAACUUUUUGAUGAGAAGCUGGAGGAAUCAGGGGAAAGAUUGGAUGGUGAUGCUGGUGUUUGCGUUAAAUCUUCUGCCAUUGCUGUACCUUCUGCUGGUUGGGGCCCCCAUGUGUAUGGAGAUUGCUUUGCUGGGGAUUUUCCAUUUUUGGUGAACCAAAGGCAGCUUUAUUCAAUGCUCAUUUGGUACAUAGAGUCGCCACGCAUUGCCAAGUCUAGAAUUGAAUAGGCAGUGGAUUCUGUUGGGAUAUUGGAAUAGGAUCAUGUGUUUUGUGAUAUGACUUGCACCCAUGUUAACUCAAUGCCUCCUCGUGUUUUGAAUGGACCAAUUAUAAAGGCACUGAUUUCCCACCUGGAAAGAGGCUGGCUGCUAUGAUAUUGGUCCCCUUCACAAGAUGGUUAAUGGAUGUCUGAGGGUUGAUGUAUAGAGCAAAUUACUAUUUACCUUAGAUGGACACAAAAUGCUAGAGUACGUGAGCGGGCAGGCAGCAUCUCUUGAAAAAAGGAAUAAUUGACGUUUAUGCACGAGACCCUUCUUUAGUCUGAAGAAGGGUGUCCACCCAAAACGUCACCUAUUUAUUUUCUCUGGAAAUGUUACCUAACCCGUCAAAUUACUCAUCAUCUUUUGUCUAUCUUUGGUGUAAACGAGCAUCUGCAGUUCCUUCCUGCACUUACUAUGUGCCUAGUUUGUUGUGAAGGACCUGGUCAAUGGAGAUAGUUUAGCAAUGGCAUCUGAUGCCCACCAUCAGCCAGAGCAUCAUUCUUUGUAUUGGGGAUUCAGACUUCUCUUGGUCCCUAUAAUCACAAGACUGAGAAGUGAAUGGUGACAUUUAGUGAUGUUCUAGUGUUCUUGGGAAAUCUGCCGACCUCGGUUCAGCAGGGACAUUCUUUGCGGCAUAGUGGAAAGUAGAGACACACACACACACACCUUCACAUCACCCAACCCUUUGUUCCGUUUCUCAAUUAAUUGUAUAUGUGUAACACAUUGAAUCUGCUGUGCACUAUCAGAUGGCAUUCUACAUUCACUCGAACAUAAUGGCAAACCCAUCCCAGCUCAUUCGUCAGAAUAAAACAAUUCUUCAGGCAUCCCCAGGCAUGCAGAUUAGAUUAGACUAGUGAAUUCCCUGCCAGCAUUAGGCACAUCUGAUACAAAUCCACUUUACACAUAGUCAGGUGCAUGGUCUACGAUUAAGUGUUUUAAUAUUUAUUAAGUAUCGCCUUUUUAUAUAUUAUAUAAAUUAAAAAGAAUCAACUUUGAAGAUUACUGUAGCAAAGGUAUAAAUGCUCAAAAAUGUGAUGUAGUAAUAUUUUAUGUGGCUCUUUGUCAGAACUCAGUAGCUGCUAACACUUUAUCAGCCAUCAAAUUACACAAAGUCUGGUGCCUGCUAAGAAAUCACUUCCCCUCCACCGAAUAUUGGCUUUGGGGCUCACAUUCAGGGUGCAGGAGCUGAAAUCAAUUGUAGUUUGUGACCCUCUGCCCAAUUCCAGAUGAAACACUCAUCUACCCUUGUUAGAACCUCACUCACAGCAAGUCCUAAGGUCAGUCAUUUCUUCCCAUAUUCCAGCCAAAAUCAAGGGCAGAGAAGCUUUCAUUCUGCCUCUGCCCAGCUACACAGCACACUGGGUUUCUCUGCAGCAUUAUUACUUUAAUGAUCGGAGAAACAUGACUGUAGAGUCCAAAUUGCUGUUGCACUUAGUGCUUCAUGAAGGGAUGAAAGGCCGUUGAUAAUGAGAUAUUUUCACAAUGUUGUGUGUGUUUGCAGUCAUUCUCAUUAUUUCUCCAUUUGCAGCUUCAUUUAUACCCAUAAUUUUAGCUUUGUUUUGUUGCCUAGAACCGUGAAUUGACAUAAUGUAAAUAGAACACCGACUGUUUCCGUAAUUGUGAUGUGACGGUCUGAAGAAGGGUCUAGACCCAAAACGUCAUCCAUGCCGUCUCUCCAGAGAUGCUGCCUGUCCCGCUGAGUUACUCCAGCUUUUUGUGUCUACUGUGAUGUGACGCAUAUAUUUCACACAGUAAUCCUGACCAAAGAUCUUAUAGCGAGCAAGAUGGUCCACUCCGCUAAAAAGCCGUAGUCGGGUCAUCGGUAAUCUUCAGCGCCAUUUCCGUAACCGGCUUCAAUCAUGGCGUCAAGCUAAUUCAGGGAGAUUCUGCUACAUCAGGUUGAGAGAUUAAAGGAUAGACACAAAAUGCAGCGGGUCAGGCGGCAUUUCUGGACAAAAGGAAUAGGUGACAUUUCGGGUCGAGACCCGUCUUCAGACUGAGUCAGGGGAAAGAGGAACUCAAACCAUCCUCCCCCCUUCCCUCCGACACGGACACGCAGCGAUCGCUGCCCCCUCCUUUUUUUUGUUAAACCUGUGGCGGCUCUCAAGGGUCGGGCCAUCCUAACUAUCAAGCCCCUCGGCACGGGAAUGGUUGAGUCCAGAGGCGGCCCUUAGCUAGAGGGAUAAAAGGCAUGGGUUUGGGUGCCAUCUUCCUCUUGCGGCCAUCACUGAUACCAAGAAGGACAUAAUAAAAGGUACCUCCCGAAACACCUGGCUCCUCGCUUUUAUUUCGGGACUUACGCCCCACAAAUAUCUAUUUCCUUCGGGUUUUUGUUUUAAUUUCCCCCUUACCAUUUCCGUACUUUUUCUAUAGCUGCCAUGACCUUUAAGAUCUUUGAUCCUGACUGUGCUUGUCAUACAAUCCAGCUUGCUUCUGCUUCAUCCAACCAUCUUUCUCUCUGAUCUCUGGUGAAUCCAUCACCCCCCAGAACCUACUUCCACCAUUAUCUGUAGCUGUUGCUCUCUUACCAAAUGCCCACAGUUUAAUGGCAGCCAACAUUACACAGUGGCCUCUCUGCAUGUGUGUACGUAUGUAUUUGUGUGUGUGUCUGCAACCACAUCCCUGACCAACACAUAGAACAGUGCAGCACAGAAAUAAUCCCUUUGGCCUGCAAUGCCCAUGCCGAUCAUAAUGCCAAGUUAAACUAAUUUCUAAUGCCUGCACGUGAUUCAUGUCCAUCCAUUCCAUGCAUUCCCAUGUACAACAUAUUACAACAUCUGUGGUAUGCAACAUGUACCACAGACCUAUUAUAUUGCCCUUGGUUAUUCUUUCCUGAGAUUAAUAUUGCUCAAAUCAUACUUUAACUAAUGGGUGGCACGGUAGCACAGCAAUAGAAUUGCUGCCUUACAGCGCCGGAGACCCGGGUUUGAUCCUGACUACGGGUACUGUCUGUAUGGAGUUUGUACGUUCUCCCCGUGACUGUGUGGAUUUUCUUUGGGUGCUCCAGUUUCCUCCCACACUCCAAGACAGGUUUGUAGGUUAAUUAGCUUCGGUAAAAUUGUAAAUUGUCCCUAGUGUGUAGGAUAGUCCUAGAGUAUGGGGUGAUCGCUGGACUGCCAACAAUGUCCACGCUAUCCAAAGGGAAAUAUUGUCUUGUAAAGUAAAAUGGAAUUCACAAGUUCCUACUUAAACUAAGUAAGACUCUAGACAAUCCUCCCCUCUAGUUAUGUUUAAAACAGAGGGUGGUUGGUAUAUGGAGUGAGCUGCCAGAGGAGGUAGUUGAAGCAUAUAAUAUCACAACAUUUAAAAGACAUUUAGACAAGUACAUAGACAGGACGGUUUAGAGGGAUAUGUGUCAAACGUGGCAGAUGGGACUAUUGUAGAUGGGAUAGUUUGGUCAGCAUGGGCAAGUUGGGCAGAAUGGCCUGUUUCCCUGCUGUAUGAAUCUAUGACUCUAACAAAACAGUUGCAUUACCUACAUUAAUAAUCAGAGCCAAGUAGUCUAAUAUGGUCUGACACAAAACGUCACCUAUUCAUGUUCUACAAGAUGCUGCCUGACCCGCUUUUUUUGUAAACCAGCAUCUGGAGUUCCUUGUUUCUCUAGUCUUUGGCAUAUUUGUGCUGUCAAAACAGGUGUGGCUAUUUAAUGAAUGAUAGGAUUAACAGUAUCUUGGAUUCUUAUUGCUAAGUUGUUUCUGUAAUGUUUUAUUGCUUAGAACUUUAGAAAGAGCUAACCGAGGCCACCAUUUACAGCACAAAGCAGACACGUAUUGUCUGCACUGAACUGUAUUGCAUGAUGGGUGGACAUGGACUAUUUGUAGCCACAAGUUGGCAGUUUCCCUGCCUCCCACUGCAUAUAUUCACUUACACGUUCUAGAACAAAGACUGCAUUUAUAUUUCUCUUUGAGGAAAAGUAUGGCAAAUCAAACUAACAUACAACAUAUUCCACAGUUGGCUUUAAUGCGUUUCAACUCUGAGACCCCCUCGACCAAAAUAAGAGUUGCUUUAUUUAUAAGGGAAUAUAUUUUCAUUUGAGUCUAAAUUAAUUUACACUAAAUUUUUCAUUCUGUUAAUGAGGGCUUGGCACGAACGUGAACUGCUUGGCUCCAGUGUGAAUGUACGCAGGUAACUCAGAAGCAACUGGGGGGCUCCCGGCCUGUGGUCUCGUGGGUGUUUUGUUUGGACUGCAUUGCAGAAGUGGGCAGAGUGAAAGGUUUCAUUGAUCAGUUUAGCUGCUGCUUUCUUAAACCUGCUACAUCUGUUCUGAACAUUUAACUUGUGAGCAAAUAUUUUGAGACCUGCACUCAAAUGCACAGUGGUCUUAAAUCGGUGUUUGGACAUAUGUGCUCUGAGUUUCUACAAAGCAGGUUUUCAGUGGUGUAUAUGCUGAUGUAAAAUGAAAGUUUGUGACCUAGUAUCGUGCACAUAUGUUGGUUAUUGUUCCUUGAAUACAGUGACUGUUAUAACAUAAAGUAUUGAUUCCGAGA